AUGUCGAUCAAAGAUCACAAUCUCACCUUGCUCAACUCCCGCGAGGACUGGACCAACUGGAUUAACUCUAUUGAGGACCUUGCCGUGCGCAACGACGUCUGGAGUUACUGUGAUCCAGAAGGGAUUGAAAACUUGGUCUUCACUGCGACCAAACCAUCGGACUCAGCAAGCAAGGACACGAUCCAGAAAUAUCACAGCCUCCAGGCUAUCUAUGAUAGCGAAAGGAAGAAAUACGACAAGGUCUCUGAUCGCAUCGACCUCACAGUGUGUCAGGAGUUCAAGCAGCACUACCUCGGAAUCCAUGAUGUCCGCGGCAAACUUAUUGCGUUGGCUGAUAGCAUC